ACUUCUAACUGACAGUUCAGUAGAAAGCAGCAUAACCUCCAACAACGAAGUGAAUUUUUCUAACGAAUUAAGUGCGUCUGCUUGUGUGUAAAUUUUUCUAAUAAAACUCUUAAUUAAUUGUGUUUAAUAUUGCAGGUCGUAAAAGAGCAAUAAAAAAUGGCUACAAAAUCAAAACGCGCCGGAACAGCCACGCCCCAACCACAGCCCGGUGGCACAUCAACGCCAUUGAAUGUAGGUGCUAAUCGCUCUGCUAGUCCAUUGAGUCCGACUAGGCAUUCGCGUCUACAAGAAAAGGCUGAAUUGCAAAAUUUGAAUGAUCGUUUGGCCUGCUAUAUUGAUCGUGUUCGUAAUUUAGAAACUGAAAAUGCACGCUUAUCCAUUGAAGUGCAGACAACGCGUGAUACUGUCACCCGUGAAGCUACCAACAUAAAGUCGAUGUACGAAAAUGAAUUGAGCGAUGCGAGACGUUUAUUGGAUGAAACUGCCCGUGAAAAGGCCAAAUUGGAAAUAGACACAAAACGUUUAUGGGAUGAGAAUGAAGAGUUAAAGGCGAAGUUGGACAAGAAAACUAAAGACUGCUCAUUCGCUGAAGGAAAUGCCCGUAUGUAUGAAUCGCGUGCUUCUGAUUUAAGCAAUAAGUACAAUGCCGCUAAUGCCGAUCGCAAAAAGGCUGUGGAUGAGCUAAAUGAGGCACUAAAGGAGAUAGAACGCUUACGCAAACAAUUAGAGGAAGCGCGUAAGCUUUUAGAAGAUGAGACCUUAGCACGCGUCGAUUUGGAGAAUAAUAUCCAAAGCUUGCGUGAGGAGUUAACAUUUAAAGAUCAGAUACACGUACAAGAAAUGAAUGAGACUCGUUCACGUCGUCAAGUGGAAAUCAGUGAAAUCGAUGGCCGUUUGGUAGAACAGUACGAAGCAAAGUUACAACAAUCGCUGCAAGAAUUACGCGAUCAAUAUGAGGCACAAAUGCGCGCCAAUCGCGAUGAGAUUGAAUUGUUGUAUGAACAAAAGAUGAAGAACUUACAAUCGGCCGCCAAUCGCAAUUCAAAUGCCGCUGCAGGUGCUAUUGAAGAGCUGCGUACUACACGCACACGCAUCGAUGCACUUAAUUCACGCAUCGGUGAACUGGAGUCGACCAACGCUGCGCUGACUGCACGCAUUCGCGAGUUAGAGCAAUUACUUGACCGCGAACGUGCACGUCACAAUGCGGACAUCGCCAAUUUGGAAGCGGAAUUGCAACGCUUGCGCGAUGAAAUGGCGCAACAAUUGCAAGAAUACCAAGAUUUAAUGGAUAUCAAGGUUUCGCUUGACUUGGAAAUUGCAGCCUACGAUAAGUUGCUUUGUGGGGAAGAGUCACGACUAAACAUUACACCACACUCUUCUACGGCGGCAUCUGGUUCGUUUAGUCAAAGUUUACGCGGCACACGGGCUACACCCUUACGUAAGACGCCAUCUCGCGGCGCUUCAACAGCGCCGCUUAAACGGAAACGCACCGUCAUCGACGAAUCAGAAGAUCUGAGUCAGUCAGAAUAUUUCGUAACUGGCAGUGCUAAAGGCGAUAUUGAAAUUUCCGAAGUAGAUUCCGAGGGUAAAUUCGUGAAAUUGCACAAUAAGGGCAAUAAAGAAGUGCAAAUCGGCGGUUGGCAAUUGAUACGUACAGCUGGUGGUAAUGAAACUAGUUUCAAAUUCCAUCGUACCGUUAAAAUUGAUGCCGGUGGCGUGGUAACUGUUUGGUCUUCCGAUGCUGGAGUAACACAUGAGCCACCAACGAAUAUUGUGAUGAAGACACAAAAAUGGUUUAUUGGCGAUAAUAUGAAGACAUCACUGUUCAAUGGCGAUGGAGAGGAAGUAGCUGGCUCAGAACGUGUAAAACGCACAAUUGUAACGCAUUCCUCGCGUCAUCGCUCAUACGGCGGCAGUCGUUUGGGUGGUGUGUCUACAGUGGAUGGUGCUGGUAAUGAGGAACUCUAUCAUCAACAAGGUGACCCACAGCAAGGCGAUGAGAAGUGUCGUCUUAUGUAAGAAAUGGAACGUAAAACUAAUUCUUAAACUUUAGAAUUAUGCAAACGAUUUACUACUAUAAUAAUUUUAAUAUUCCUAAAUUGUAAUUUCAACAAAUUUAAUGAGUAAAAUACUUUUUUUUUUGUUUUAAGAAAGAGCGCAGACAAACAAAUGUUAAACAAUAAUAAUAAUCAUAACAAAAACAUCAACCGUCUAACCAUAUCAUACUCCUUCAGCAUAAUAAGAACUCCUUAGCAACCGUUGUUUUGUCGUUUUGCAUACAUACCGCAAGCAACGCAAGUCGCAAAUUAAUUUCGUUUUUUCUUCUGUCAUUUGCAAUUGUUUUAAAUUCAUAACUGUUGUGCCGCUAAAUUUUCAUUUUUUCUUAAAAAAAAACGAAUAUACGCACAUUUAUGGUUUAGCUAUCGCCACCAUAGAACUUAGUUUAAUUGAGCUAAUUAUAAAAAAAAAUAUGUUCGAUUAUUAAGUGGUAUUCAUAUUUAAAGGCUCAACUACAACAAAAAAUGAAGCAAAAUAUAUGUACAACAACUGCAACGUAACAACAGACAUAUGUCGAUCAGAGCGGCGCGAAAAAAAAAUGUUUUAGCAUAUCAAAUGUGUAUUUGUUAUCUUGAAUAAGUAUAUGUGCGAACGAUCAUGGUUAGCUUUGGAAUGACUCAUAAAAUUAACAAAUAAUAUAAGGAAAGCUUUUAAGCUUCCCAGCCAUAAUUACCAGUAUAUAUAUUUAGUUAUUUCUUCUUGCUUAAAAACAUGUACAAAUUUAUGGUUCCAGUUUCACGAAAAUUGGAACUACAAUAGCGGUACAAAUAAAAAUAGACACAACAAACAAAAAC